AAGCCGGUAUUGGAGUCCGAGGAGGAGGAGGCAAGGUCUCUUCAAUUUCAAAAGACAGAGAAGCGACGAAGCCACAAGAAGGGGUUUCCACCAUACAAGAGCCCACCGUGGGGGGAGCCCACCGGAGCUGAGAGCCACCACUGCUCCAACGGACUCCUUCUCUUCUCUCUGCUUCGCCUUCUCUUCCUCACCCUCGUCCUCUCCUUGCCCAGGUCCUUCUCUCUUUCCAGCUGGCUUUUCUCGAAUCCGGGAUCAGCUGCUUGGAAAAGGCAGGCAAGUCUUCCUGGCCAAAGGGCCAAAUUUCUGGUUUUGAGUUCUAUUGUUUACUCUCUUGCAUUCCAAAUUCCCUUUGUCGCGUGGGUUACGGCGUUUCUUGUUUAAAACACCCACCAAGCUCAGCUUUUUCAAGCGUUUUGACUCUGAAGCGGGAUUUGGUGGAUGACAGUGUUGAAGAGAAAUCAAGGUUGACGUAGCCGUUGAGCACUUUUGGUUUGGAGUUUCCGCUAAGAGAACUAUUUGGGAAAUUCCUCCUUGUAUACCUGGGUUUAUUGAGGGCCAAAACAUUGGUAUGGGUGUUGCAAAGAGCAACAGCGGUUCUGAACCUUCGACUUCUUACCACUGUUUCAAAGUAGCUAGUCUAAGUGAAACUAUCCUGGACACAAAGCAGUCUUCAAAUUUGAAGGAUCGUUAUGUUCUGGGCGAACAGUUAGGUUGGGGACAGUUCGGUGUCAUUAGAGUGUGCACGGACAAGUUGAGUGGAGAAGUUUUAGCCUGUAAAUCAAUUGCUAAAGAUAGAUUGGUCACAUCGGAUGAUCUGCGAAGUGUCAAACUUGAGAUUGAGAUAAUGGCUAGGUUAUCUGGCCACCCAAAUGUUGUGGAUCUCAAGGCAGUUUAUGAAGAGGAGGAUUUUGUACAUCUGGUGAUGGAGCUUUGUGCUGGAGGUGAGCUAUUUCAUCGGCUAGAGAAGAAUGGACGAUUUUCUGAAUCUGAAGCCAGGGUUCUCUUUAAGCACCUCAUGCAGGUGGUUUUGUACUGUCAUGAAAAUGGGGUUGUUCAUAGAGAUUUGAAGCCUGAGAACAUUCUCUUAGCAACAAGAGCCUCCUCAUCUCCAAUUAAAUUGGCAGAUUUUGGGCUUGCAACCUACAUCAAGCCUGGGCAACGUUUGCAUGGAUUAGUAGGGAGUCCAUUCUAUAUAGCUCCAGAGGUACUUGCAGGUUCAUAUAAUCAAGCUGCUGAUGUUUGGAGUGCAGGUGUCAUUCUUUACAUUCUACUUAGUGGAAUGCCUCCGUUUUGGGGGAAGACUAAGUCACGGAUCUUUGAAGCUGUUAAGGCUGCUGAUUUGAAGUUCCCAUCUGAACAUUGGGAUCACAUUUCUAGAUCAGCUAAGGAUUUGAUUAAGGGAAUGCUCUGCACAGAAUCUUCUCGAAGGCUCACUGCUCAGCAGGUUUUAGAUCAUUGCUGGAUGGAGAGCAAUCAGACAAAAGCUGAACAACUAAUUGAAUGUGACACCCAAAGUUGUUGUGAAUGGGAUGUUGGUGAUAGCUCAUUCUCUGUCUCCUUUAUGCCCAGGAAUCAGGACAUCAGCUUUGGUGCUGAAUCUCCUACAUGUGAUGCUCAGUCACCUACUUUCACAUGCAGAUCAUCAUUUUCUUCAUUUCUGGUGGAACCAUCAACUCCUUGUUCAGCUUCGGGUGGGUUUUCAUUCCAGAGUCCUGGUGAUUCUGCUGGUUCGGGUUUCUCUUCUCCUGUUUCUUCAAUGCCUAGCUUUGCAUUUCUCAGCGCCAAUUCUGUUGUUGAGAAAAGGAGUUGUACAUUAGAGUUGUCAACUAAUGAAUCUGUGAGGACAAUUCGUGAAGAAUCAAGCUUGGGAAAACUACUUCUAUCACCAGAUUCAACUCUUUGUUGUGGACCGGAUGUUAAAGCGAGUAGUCGUAAGCCAGUGGAGGCUAAAAGGGCAGGUGGUGCCAAUGGACAUAGGGUUUUGGGAAUCCACAGCAAGAGAAACCGAACAAUUGGACUUGGUGAACGUGAGCAACUUGACCUUGUGGUGACCGAAUCUGUCAUUCGAUGGUCGUCAUGCACGCAACUCCAAACAUCUCUUAGGUCAUCUCUUGUCUGCUGAAAACACAAUGACUUGUUGACGGAUUAAUUAAAGAGUGGUUGAUGCAGUGCCCCAAGUUGGCAUACAUGUGGAAGUUUUGCCUGCCUAAGAUGUACAUGAUAUCUGCAUUUGAAUCAAGUUUGCUGUGUCAGAUUGAUGUUAGUUUUAGCUUAGAUUUGGCAGCGGUUUUAUUAUGAUGUUAUGUUUUCAUGUCUAUUACCACGAGUGUGAGAAAAAUGGCAGUCUUGCCUUGUUUGUAAAGGAAGUUGUUUUGAUAGACAUAGUUCUUCAGUUAUCAAUAUCACGGCGUUUUUGUAACUCA